UUUUUUUUUUUUGAAAACAAGGUAUUUGGGAUUUUAGGUCUAGUUAUUUGUGGUCUUUAUUUUGUUCUGUCGGUAGCCUUUUGAACUAAUCCUCUUCCUUGCGUCUUAAUUCGAAUCCUGUUCCUUGAGGGUUUCUGUUUUUUCGUUUUUCCUUCUCCUAAUUUAAUUUGGGUUCUUCUAUCGUAAUCGAAUCGUAAUAUAUAUAUCGAGAGGAGAGGCGGAAGAAUUAAAUCUGUAAUCUCAAGACAGAACGAGGAUAAGAAAUUUUAUGAAGAAGAAGAAGAUGUCGGAUCUUCCAAGGGAUGUCGAGGAAGAGGUGCUGUGUCGAAUUCCGUUGACAUCUCUGGGACUUGUCCGAUCUACUUGCAAAAGGUGGAACAUGUUGUCCAGAUGCGAUCACUUAUUUGCGAACAAGCACCUUGCUCAUCUAGCAGCAGAAGCAGCAAAGAAGAAGGACCACCCUCUUGUGGUUACGAUGAUGAAUUAUAGGGUUGAGUUGAUGAGAUUGGAUCUUUCCAACGAAGACAAAGUUGUUGUUGUAAAUCCUGAAGCUAAACUUGCUGGCCUAGAUCAAAUCGAUGUGCGUGAAAUCUUUCAUUGCGACGGUUUAUUGUUAUGCAUUCCCAAAGAAGACCACUAUAGGCUAUUGGUUUGGAAUCCCUAUUGGGGGCGGGGGCAACCCAGGUGGAUCGAGCACACACAUAAUCACGACUUAGUGGACACGCAUCUCUUUGGUCGUUUGGACAGGUAUUCGUAUGGUCUCGGAUACGAUAGUAGUAGCCACUACAAAAUCCUGAGAUUUAUUGAUUAUCCCCCAAAUUUCGUUGAGUUCAAAAUCUACGACUUCAACUCUGAUUCAUGGAGGAUUCUUGAUCUCCCUCCUCGUCCAGACAACUGGAAUAUAAAACUUGAUGAACGCGGGCUAUCUUUGAAUGGCAAUACCUACUGGUUUGCAUCAGAAGCUUUGAAUUUUGAUGCCAUUUGUUUCUUAGUCUGUUUUGAUUUCACAACAGAGACAUUCUCCCCGCCUUUGCCUCUCCCCUUUGAGGCUUUCGCUGACGAUACUUUGAUUCUAUCAUCAUCAUCAUCAUCAUCAUCAUCUAGUGUUGGAGGAGAAUAUCCUCCUCAGCUUGUGGUUUUAUUCCAGUCUAUGGAUACAUUGGAGAUCUGGAUUUCCAAUACGAUCGAGAAGCCCAACGCAGCCCUGUCAUGGAACAGCAAGGUUUUCUUAUCGGCCAAUAUCAAACAACUCAUUCACCCCCAUUAUAAUUUUCUUCGGAAAUCUGCGUGUUUCUUCAUUGACCAGGAGAAGAAAGUCGCGGUGGUUUUUGAUAAAAACGCCCGUAGUGGUGCCGCCACUCGUGAUAUAGCUUACAUCUUUGUUGGAGGAGGAGUGGAUGAUGGAUCAUCCUCCUUGACACAACAAGUUGUUAAAGAAUCUGCAUACCCAUUUUGUUAUUCACGUGCUUGCUAUUAUGUUCCAAGCUUAGUGCAACUCAACUAGUCCCUCCACCUAUUACUAUUAUUGUUAUCUCUCUUUGUUUCCUAUGAUUGACUAUUACUCAUAUAUAUAUAUAUAUAUAUAUAUAUAUUUAGUUUCU